CAGAAGCUCUGCAUUUGAGUAGACAUAUCAAGCAUUAUUUUUGGCAACUACAUACUGCUGAAUGUUCAGCUGGUGAAAUCGGAAGUCUUUCACUCAGAAGAAAUAAAUCAAGAGGAACAUGCGGCUUACGUGUUUUUGAGCUACUGUGGAUGGACCUGGCUCUCUUGACUGCCCUUCCAAGUAGGAUGUCACUGAGAUCCCUCAAAUGGAGCCUCCUGCUGCUGUCACUCCUGAGUUUCCUGGUGAUGUGGUAUCUCAGCCUACCUCAGUACAAUGUGAUUGCACGUCUAAACUUGAUGUACUUCUAUGAGUACGAGCCAAUUUACAGACAGAACUUCUGCUUCAUUCUUCGGGAGCAUUCAAACUGCUCUCAUCAAAACCCAUUUCUGGUCAUCGUGGUAACUUCUCAUCCCUCAGAUGUGAAAGCCAGACAGGCCAUUAGAGUUACUUGGGGUGAAAAAAAGUCUUGGUGGGGAUAUGAGGUUCUUACAUUUUUCUUAUUGGGCCAACAGGCUGAAAAGGAAGACAAAAUGUUAGCAUUGUCUUUAGAGGAUGAACACCUUCUUUACGGUGACAUAAUACGACAAGAUUUUUUAGACACCUAUAAUAACCUGACCUUGAAAACCAUUAUGGCAUUCAGGUGGGUCACUGAGUUUUGUCCCAAUGCCAAGUACAUCAUGAAGACAGAUACUGAUGUUUUCAUCAGUACUGGCAAUUUAGUGAAGUAUCUUUUAAACUUAAACAACCCAGAGGAAUUUUUCACAGGUUAUCCUCUAAUUGAGAACUAUUCCUACAGAGGAUUUUAUCAAAAGACCCAUAUUUCAUACCAGGAAUAUCCUUUCAAAGUAUUCCCUCCAAAUUGCAGUGGGUUGGGCUAUAUAAUGUCCAAAGAUUUGGUACCAAGGAUCUAUGACAUGAUGGGUCACGUAAAACCUAUCAAGUUUGAAGAUGUUUAUGUUGGGAUCUGUUUGAAUUUGUUAAAGGUGGACAUUCAUUUUCCAGAAGACAUAAACCUUUUCUUUUUAUAUAGAAUCCAUUUGGAUUUCUGUCAGCUUAGACGUGUGAUUGCAGCACAUGGCUUUUCUUCUAAGGAAAUCAUCACCUUUUGGCAGGUUAUGCUCAGAAAUACCACAUGCCAUUACUAACUUCACACUCCAUCAAAAACCUAGAGGACAGAAAUCUGUGGAAAACGCUGAAGCUGGUACUAUGGGAAACUCAUAGGAAGGUCAGUGUGUUGACUUACACUGAAUCAAAAGUCAUGGAGAACCCAUAGACUGGAGACUGAAAGUUAUACAUUACUGUGAUUUAUUUGGAUAUAAAUCAAGUCAGGCCCUUUAAAGGUAAUAUUCAGAUGAAUAAAAUAUCUUACAAAGGAAUUUGCUUUUUUUUUAAACUAGGACCAAACAAU